GCCACACAUCCGCUGAAAUAACCGUGCAGUUUCAGUUACACGACCACCCACACAUUCUCUCUCCUCCCAAAAUGCCCAAUCCUCUCUUCUUCCUCCUCCUCCUUGCCGCCGCCGCCGCCGCCACCGCCGGCGCCGGCGAAGGCGGCGCCACGCGGAAGGACCCGUGCGCCGGCCGACGGAUCCACAUCCGUCGCCUCCCGCCUCGAUUCAACGCGCACCUCCUCCGCCACUGCGACGCCGGGUUCCCGCUCGCCGACCCGUCGACGCCGGCCACCUCGUCCCCGCCCUGCGAGUCGCUCGUCAACCACGGCCUCGGCCCGCGCACCCACUCCAGCAGCCGCUCCUGGUACCGCACCGACACGCGCCUCCUCGAGGUCUUCUUCCACCGCCGCGUCGCCGAGCGCGGCUGCCUCGUCGCCGACCCCGCCCUCGCCGACGCCGUCUACCUCCCCUACUACGCGGGCCUCGACUCGCUCCCCUACGUGCUCGACCCGGCGCUCCUCGACUCCUCCGCGCAGCACGGCGCGGAGCUGGCCGAGUUCCUGGCGCGGGACAGGCCGCAGAUCCUGGCGCGCCGCCAUGGCCACGACCAUUUCCUGGUGCUCGCCGGGUCCGCGUGGGACUACUCGCAGCCGGUGCGCGCCGCCGCCGCCGCCGCCGCCGAGGCGAGGCUGUGGGGCACCACGUCGCUGCUCCGGCUCCCGGCGCUCGGCAACCUCACGUUCCUGACGCUGGAGUCCCGCGCGUGGCCGUGGCAGGAGCACGCGAUCCCGCACCCGACGUCGUUCCACCCGGCGUCGCUGCCGCGGCUGCGCGCGUGGCUGGCGCGCGCGCGCCGCGCCCGCCGCCCCGCGCUGAUGCUCUUCUCCGGCGGCGUGUCGCGCCCCUCCAGGCCCAACAUCCGCGGCUCCAUCCUCGCCGAGUGCGCCAACCGCACCGACGCGUGCGUCGUCGUGGACUGCUCCGGCGGCAGGUGCUCGCACGACCCCAUCCGGUACAUGCGGCCGAUGCUGCACUCCAGGUUCUGCCUCCAGCCGCCGGGGGACACGCCGACGCGGCGCUCCACGUUCGACGCCAUCCUCGCCGGCUGCGUCCCGGUGUUCUUCGAGGACGCGGCGGCGAGGCGGCAGUACGGGUGGCACCUGCCCCCGGAGAGGUACGACGAGUUCUCGGUGUACAUACCAAAGGAGUCGGUGGUGUUCGGCGGCGUCAAGAUCGCCGAGACGCUGGCGGCGGUGGGCGAGGGCGAGGUGAGGAGGAUGCGGGAGCGCGCGCUGGAGAUGGCGCCGAGGGUGCUGUACCGGCGGCACGGGAGCACGGCGGAGCUGAGCGAGACGGCCAAGGACGCCGUCGACCUCGCCGUCGACGGCGCGCUCCGCAGGAUACGGAGGCGGGUCCGCGCGCUGGACGACGGCGAGCCGGAGAGGAUAUACUCGCUGGAGGACGACGCCGUCGAGUCCUAGGAUCAAGAAAUGGUUUUUGAUGACAUAUUGCUCCAGUUUGGAUUUUGAUUAGUACUUCUCCGUUUCCUAAUGUAAGACUUUUUAGUAUCGCUUAUAUUCAUAUAGAUGUUAAUAAAUAAAAACAUAUAUGCAUAUUUAGAUUUAUUAACAUCUAUAUGAAUGUGCACAAUGCUAGAAUAUCUUACAUGAUGAAACGGAGGAAGCAGUAGUUUUUUACUUUCUUCCAAUCAUCAUUCAUACUUGGGCGGAUGUACAUUAGAUCUUCAUUUUCAUCUCUGCUGCUCCUCUUCUUGUUUUUUGUGAUGUUUCAAAGCAAAUUGCUGCUAUGAUAAAAAGAUAAAUUGAGCGACCUUCAUAUU